AUGAAGACUGCUGAACUGACGAAGAAGUUUGCCUUUUCAGAGUGCUCCACAAAGCGCAAGCUGGCGGUCAGCGGGGAAAAUGAGGAUGAGGUUCCAAUGAGUCGUAGUUUCUCAGUGGAAGACCUCCUUGAUGAGGUGGAGAAGAUCUGCUGCGAUGCGUCAGGGACCUCAAAGGUGGAGAUGGUGGUGAGGCUGUGGAAGGACGGCUUUACCAUUAACGAUGGAGACUUCCGCAGCUACUCCAUGCCAGAAAAUCAAGAGUUCCUGGAUGCCAUCAAAAGAGGGGAGCUUCCAGCGGAGUGGGAGAGCAGAGCAGAAGAAGAGGAGCUGGAGAUCAGUGUGGAGGAUAUGACUGAGGAAAACUAUGUCCCCAAGAAGAAGGCUUUUCACCCGUUCAGCGGGAGAGGAUACCGACUUGGCAGCGUUGCACCCAGAGUUGUGGCCCGGUCACCAUCUGUGCACGAGGAUGGAGAAUCUCCUCCUAUUCCCAUGGUAACACUAGACCACUCCCUUCCCGUCACCUCUCUGCAGAUCUGGUUGGCCGACGGCAGGAGACUGAUACAGAGGUUUAACCUAUCGCAUAGGAUCUCCGAUGUCCAGGAUUUUGUCGCCCGCUGCCAGAGGAGCUGUCCACCUUUCGUCCUGACGACAUCACUUCCUUUCCGUGAGCUCAGUGACAAAGAAUUGAGUCUUGAGGAGGCGGAUUUGGCUCACGCCGUCAUCAUGCAGAGACCCCUGAACACACAGGCUCUGUUUGGACACUCCUGACCGACACAGUCCCAUACAUCACACAGCAUGCUACCUUCCCCCUUCUCUUCAUAGACACGUCAUCAUCCUCUUUUUUUAUAUAUAUAUACAGCAACCUUAAGGCGCCCUAUGCCUUGAAGUGUUUUAAUCUUCACUGUGCACUUUGAACUGCACUUUGUUGCCAACAAGCUAAAGGUGAUAUUAUCACCAGAUUAGUCAGAAAGUGCUAAUGAGGGGCUCUGUUGACACUUUGUCUUGAUCUUUUGGAGAGGAAAGUUUACCUGACAACAGACUUACGGAAACCCAGCAUAUCGUUACACUUGGUGUCACAUACAGCUCUGGUAAAAAAAAAUUAAGAGACCACUGCACUGAACCUUCUGGUUAUUCCACCAAAUAUAGAUUUCUGAACUUUUCUUGACGUAAGUAUUGUUUUUUCUAAAUAAAUAUGAACUUGUUUUCUUUGCAUUAUUUGAGGUCUGGAAGCAUUUAGUCUUUUACGUUAUUUUGACAAUUUCUCAUUUUCUGCAAAUAAAUACUAAGAAAACGAUGUUCAUUUUACUCAAACAUACACCUAGAAAAAGCUAAAUCAGAAACGGAUCGUUUUAAGUGGUCUCUUAAUGGUUUUUUUUUUUUCCAGAGCUAUUUACAGGUCUGGAGAGAAAUUCAUAUCGCUAAAUAUAAUUAAUUUUGGCAUCGUUUAUUUAUUUUUUAUUCUGCUUUUUUUGGGGAGGUGGAUUGUACAGCUUUGAUAGUUUCUAAAAACAGGUUACUGGGGCCAAGCUUUUGAUUGGCUGGCAUUAUGCAUCCCAGAUGGCCUUCCGAACGACCUCAGUCCUGUUGCAAAAACGAUAAACAAAGGCUUAAAAUCAGGGUCUGUGCCAGCAAACCAAUCAGAGUGAAUGAGCUCUGCCAGUUCUGACCAGAAGAGUGGUCAAACAUCCAGGCAGAAUCGUCCAAAAAGCCUGUUGAUGAUUUCUUAAGCGACAUUUGUGAAAAUAUUAGUGGAGUUGUAUGUGCACAUGAUGGCGAAUGCACAUAUAAUUUCACUAAUGCGUGCAAAUAAAUUUUUGAGGAGUGUUCAUGUUUUUAAAAAUUAUUAAAGUUGUAUUAGGUGUAGUCACUGUUAUCUUUAAAUGCGCCAAAAAAUAUGAAAUUCAUUCAUUCAUCCGCAAUGAGCGGGUGACGAACAUCUGCUCGGAAAGUUCUCCUCCUUCAUACAACUACUAUCAAAGUCUUCCCAAUGUAAGAACACAACUCUUAUGCACUGCAGUUUUAAAACGGUGCUGAUAGGUGGGACAUAUUCUUGGAGAUGUGAUGUUUUGUUUGCACACUAUUUAUGUUUGGGCUUGUUGUUUGGCUCUUUCAGGUGUUUACAUAAUUUUAUUGUUUUUUUUUUUAACGUCAGUAUUUUUCUUCUCCUUUUAUUGAGGCUUGUGGGAAUGUGAACUCUGCUUUACUUGAUUGAAUGGUUGAUGAGCAUAUCUGCGUUUGUUUCAGUACACUCUGCACAGAUGAGCUGCUUGUAUUUCUGCUUGAUUUUUUUAUUUUAUUUUUUAUGUCUUGAACUCAAUUAUAAUUUUCUGUGCUUUAUCUUUUUUCAUGGACAGGGUUCAUUUUUAAUCUCAGAAACUCUCACAGAAGGCUGGGUCUGCUCAGAUUUGUGCCAAGGUACAGAAUGACUGCUGUGCUGUAUUUCUCGUAAGAAGUGUGCCAAACUAUCCAAGCCUUAUGUAAAUGUGCUACACAGUGAUGUCUAAGCAAGCCUGUACUAUUAAAAAAAGGUACUUCAACUGUU